CCACAGGGGCCAGCGGUGCCAGAGGUACAGGAAGGGACCCGCUGCGCCGGGCACGGGCUCCUUCCGCUGCGCACCGGGCCGAGGUCCUCUGCCUAAACUGGGGCGCGCUGUGUCCUCAUGGGCGGCUGUCCCCUCCCCCGCGACGUGUCAGGUCCAGACACCCGAUCCUGCGCCCAGGGGCGCGGGAUCCCUCGGAUCACCCACGCCAACAACAGAGUCCAGUUUCUACACCCAUCAAGGCCUCGCCGGCUCUCCCGUCCCCACAUCCCCUCAGUUAGUUUCCCCACAGUUCGCCUCCGAGCGAUCUGCUCUCUCCGGGCGUCGUUUCGCAGCCGCACUCGGCACCCCGACACCACGAAGCUCCGCUCUGGGGGCGCCCCUACGCGUCUCGCGGGUGCACGCGCGGUCCCCGGGUCACGACACGCGCCCAGGCACGCCCGUGGACGUCCAGCGGCCGCGCCGCGCUUCCUCUUGGCAACGCGGCCGGCGCCGCGCGCUCAUUGGCUGCGUGCCGCGCGACUGACCAUUGGCCCAGCGCCUACUUUACAUAGACUCCCCUAGACCAAUGAGCGUGCGGCACCUACUUAACAUGCACGCCGCCAGCCAGUCAGCGAGGGCGGGGGCCGGGCCACCACGUGCUGUUGCUAAGCUUGCGCUUCUAAAUUGUUACUAGUGCGGCCAGCCAAUAGGCAGCGAGCUACGCAUCUGUCAACAUUCUCGGCCCCGCCCGAGCCGUUCGGUCGCUGCCCAUUGGCUUGGAUCCCACGCGUCGCCCGCCCCCGCGUCUCAGAACUCGCUCCCCAUUGGCUGUACGGGCUGCCGCUCGCCCCUAGGUGUCAAUUUGAGGGCUGGGGCGAAGGGUGGCAGCCGAGCGCAGCGCCUCUGCGUAGCCGGGAAGUGGUGCCGCCGGGCGGGCGUGCGGGGCGGGCGGCGAGCGGGGCCGGCCGAAGUGGGCCGGGCAGCGGCCGCCGCCGUCCCGGGGCGCGGCACGGGGCGAGGAUGGAGCUGAACUCGCUGCUGAUCCUGCUGGAGGCCGCCGAGUACCUGGAGCGCAGGGACCGAGAGGCCGAGCACGGGUACGCCUCGGUGCUGCCCUUCGACGGCGAGUAUGCCAGGAAGAAAACAAAGGCGGCAGGCCUGGUGCGCAAGGCCCCGAACAACAGGUCCUCGCACAACGAGCUAGAGAAGCACAGGCGAGCCAAGCUCAGGCUGUACCUGGAGCAGCUGAAGCAGCUGGUGCCGCUGGGCCCCGACAGCACCCGCCACACCACGCUGAGCCUCCUGAAACGCGCCAAGACACACAUCAAGAAAUUGGAGGAGCAGGACCGCCGGGCGCUGAGCAUCAAGGAGCAGCUGCAACGGGAGCAUCGCUUCCUGAAGCGGCGCCUGGAGCAGCUGUCACUGCCGGGCCUGGAGCGCGUGCGCACGGACAGCACCGGCUCGGCCCUCUCCACGGACUCUGAGCAAGAAGUGGACGUGGAGGGCAUGGAGUUCGGCCCCGGCGAGCUGGACAGUGCCGGCAGCAGCAGUGACCUGGACGACCACUACGGCCUGCAGGGUGACUGCGGGGGACACUGCGGCUUGUCCUAGGCCAGGCCCUGCACGACCCCACAGUCCUGCCAACUCCCUGGGCCCACUGCUGUGCCAUUCCGGAAGCUCCACGCUGCCUGCACCCCUCCCCGGGGCCGGCGGCAGGUCUCAGAUCCCUAAUCAUUCCACAAGUAUUAAUGGAUGCCAGGGGCGCUCACACCCCAGCCUGGAGCCCAGGAGGAGGCAAGCACUGCAGAAGGAGGCAGAAGGUGGUGUGGAUUCCGGGACCCGCGAAGGACGGGGUUGGGUCAGGAUCGGGUGAACACCGGGGUGCUGGCCAGGCCCCUCUGCCCCGCUGCUGGGCCCCCACCUGGCACCUCAGGGCUUUGUUCCCCCCUUAGGGAAGAUUGCUGCUCUGCUCAGGCCGGGCUCCCCCACAGGCUCCCCAGGCAUCCGCCGACUAUUUUUUACAGAGAGGGAAGGCUGGGAGGCUGGGGCGCUCCCCGCCCCCUUCCCUAUGAGAUUUUGUACUCUAUUUUCCUAGCUGUGUUGCGUCCUUGUGUGCUGAGGGGGCAGUGACCCAGCGUCUCAGGGACUCGUCCGUCUGUCCCCGUCACCCACGUGUGCCUGUGCCUGUCUGCCCAUCGUGCCCACCACCAGCAUCACCCCCAGCUCCCCUUACCCGCUCUCCUCGGGCUGUGGAAGGGGCCGCCUUUUCCCCUCUCCCAGGGCUGCCGGGCAGAGGGAGAGGCUCCUGCCUGGACGGCUGCAGCUCGGCAGCUAGGGCAGGGGUCCCAAGACACAGUCUUUGGCAGCUGAGCUGACUCUGACCCCAGGGAUGUGACCUGGCAUUCAGUGGUGCCUCUCCUGGCCACUGGUCCCUGGCACGCUCUUCCUGAGACACUCAGCAGUACUCUCAGGGGCCCCGGGUGGGGCUGCCUCCCCUUGCAGUAGGGCAGCAGGUGCCCCCCCUUAGCCCUGUGGUGGCUGGAAACAGCCCACGGGGCUCAGGCUGGGAGACUGUCCGAACAUCGUGCUGAGGGCUGCAUCCGCCAUUGGCAGCCUGUGUACCCAUGUCUUUCGGCCUUGGCCUCACCCCUAUACUGGAGGCUCUCACCGACCAAUCCCUGGGUCUCUGCAGUGGCCCUUUGGUGACCUUCUGGCAGCUGAGCCUUUGAGCUGCAGUACCCACUGGGCUGCCCCCUCGCCCCACCUCUAGCAGAGCCGAGCUGUGCCCCGGCCUGGUGCCAGGAGUUGCUGCCGUCUGCGCGGGCUGGCCUGCUGGAGGCCUGGCAGGGAAGAGCUGCCCUGAUGCUGUGGGGUCGCAGUGGGUAACUCUCCGGGGAUGGUGCCCAGGCUGCCUUCCAGGGGCACCUGGGGCCUGACUUGGGGCCUUGCGCCUCCACCCUCUUAUCUGCUCUGGACAGUCCCUAGCUGCUGGGCCACCGGCUUUGCUCUGUCCACCCUCCUGUUCUCUGGGCCUGCUGACCUGGACCCCAUCCCCACUGCCAGGCACAGGUCAUGUCUGGGUUCCAGGGCAGGCUCUGCCAGAGAAUGGGCCCCCCGGGGCCUGGUGCUGGCCACCUGGGCAUGUUACAGUCCUGGCUGGAGGGGGCCACCUGCCUCCUGUCCCCGGUGGUGUCUGUGCUGUAUUCUUGUCUUUGUAAUAUAAAUACAGAUUUUAUACCUCA